AUGCGCGUCGCGUUCCCUCGCGCGCGCGCGCUCGCGCUCGCGAAGACGCCCUCCGAUCGAGCGCGCGCGUCGUCGUCGUCGCGCGCGCUCGCGUCGCGUCGCGAUCCGCGCGCGCGAUUCGCCGCCGCCGCCGGCGCGCGCGAGCCGACGCGACGCGACGCGAGCGCGCGCGCGCGCGAGCCGACGCGACGCGUCGAGGACGCCGAGGACGCGAACGCGCGUCGCAUCGCGAGCGCUGGGAGCGUGCGCCUGGUGCAGUGGUACCCGGGGCACAUCGCGCGCGCGGAGCGACUGCUCAAGGCGCAGCUCAAGGGCGUGGACGCGGUGCUGGAGGUGCGAGACGCGCGAUUGCCGCUCGCGACGAGUCACCCGGAGAUCGCGAGCUGGUGCGGAGAUAAGAUGCGAAUCGUGGUGCUGAAUCGAGCGGACAUGGUGAGCGACGGGGAGCGAGCGCGAUGGGUGAGUCAUCUGAAGAGGGAGGGAGAGACGAGGGUGGUGCUGACGGACGCGCGAGCGGGGAAGGGGACGCGAAGGGUGAAAGAGAUGGCGAUGGAGAUGAGCGAGGAGAUAAACGCGAAGAGAGCGGCGAAGGGGUUGCUGCCGCGACCGGUGCGAGCGGCGGUGGUGGGGUACCCGAACGUGGGGAAGAGCGCGUUGAUAAAUAGGCUGGUGGGGAAGGCGGCGUGCGCGAGCGCGCCGAGACCGGGAGUGACGAGAGAUUUGCGGUGGGUGCGCAUCGGGGGGGAUUUGGAUCUUUUGGACGCACCGGGGGUGCUGCCGGCGCGCAUGCACGAUCAGCGCGCGGCGUCGCGGUUGGCGAUGGCGAACGACAUCGGCGAGGCGAGUUACAUCGCGAGUUCCAUGGCGGCGGCGAUGAUCGAAGAGCUGAAACGUUUGCCGACGUGGAAAUCAAUCAGACCGGGAAUCAUCAAAAGAUUUAAAGACGAACGCGUGGACGACAUGACUGGAGAGGAAUUCGUGCAGUAUUUCGCCGAUAAGACGUGCGGCGGCGACGUCGAGCGCGCGGGGACGCGAAUGCUAAACGACUUUCGCGGAGGGCACAUCGGGAACUUUUGCUUAGAAUUGCCGCCGUCGGCGGACGGUUCUUAA